AUGAGUGCAGAGUUUCUAUGGAAGAUAAAUAGACGGUGGGCACGACCUGUACGUGUUGGUAUAAUCGUAUCAACGGUAAUAGCAGUUCCGUCCAUAUAUUUAUUAGCAAAUGGACCAUAUUUAAAGGAAUAUUUUGAGAAACGAUACUAUGUCUCGAGUGUACUACCUCGUCAUCUGCAGCAAAUCAUUGAUUCAGAAUAUGAAAACUUUUUGAUGUCGGAUGACCGAGUACAAAAAAAAAAGCGAAUCACUUUUUAUUGUUCAACUUCAGAAAUGCAUUUGGAUUCAGUAACACAUGGAGCUCUGAAUAGCCCUUGGGGUGCCCGGACAGCUCUACCAUUUUAUGCGCAAUUUCAAACAUUCAACGAGGCUUAUAAUUACUGCAAGAAGAAACUUGAACCGAUGUUGUUCAUGGAUGAGCAAGCAUGCGUCAUUUGGGAAUCAGACGUUGGUCGACAGAUAAUUGAAACAUUUGUUCUCAGCGAAAAUGCCUUAAGAUUCCUGAUACGGCGCGACUUGACAGCACAUGAAUCUUUAAAAAGAACGACUUUAUUGGCAUUUUACUGGUUCUGUUAUACGAGUAUUGCUUUUAUGCUAACUCAAAUCAUAGUACAUUAUUAUUUUGCUAGCAAUGUGCUGUGGUUUUGUGGAUUAUCUUUUGCUCUGAAUACACCGGCAUGCUGGGGCAGUAUACAGAAUGCUAAACUUGAUUGGCAUGCUACCGACCAAUCUGCUGAUGCCGAUGUUGCUCGUGUUUCGUUGGUACAUAGCAGAGGUGGUAAAGAAUAUUAUCAAAAAAUCCUGAAGCGAAAUCGACUGUUACGCGAGAUAAUUCGCGAUGGUGUGAAGAAAGUGUCAGCUAUAGGCAAUCCAAAUAAUUCUAAUACGUCGUACUGGUCACGAUAUGUAACACUAUCAGAUUUGGAUGCGGAAAAUAAGUUGAUGGAUAAAAUAAGUACUGCUGGUGAUUCAUGA